AUAAUUUUUUCUCAAGAAAAAAAAUAAAGAAGAUUUCAGGGUCCCCAUCCCCAAGAAAAAUUCUAUCUUUUUGCGCUAGUGAAGCCAGAUUCAACAAAAUCUGUGCUUUUCCUGUACAGAUUUGCUCUUUAGUUCAGAGGCAUUAUGCAUUUAUGAUUUAUUCUAGGAAGAAACAUUAAUAAGCAGCAUUUAGUGUGAAUUCAGUGAGCUAGUUAACUGUUAUUUUGGUUCUUUUUUCUUUCAAGAUUUGGUGGAGAGGGGGCUUCAAAAUGAGGGUAGUGGGAUUUUGGGUUGUGAUUUCUGUUCUCCUUGUUUUGGGCAGACGGGGUGUUGAAAGUUUUGAAGUUGAUGAGAUUUUUGGUAAGAAUAGCUCAGAUUUGUCAUUCUUGGAGUCUAUGUCGUUUUUGGAGUCUGUGUAUGGAGUUUCUGCUGCUGCUGUUCCACCCAAUGCUCUCAUGGUGGGUCUAACUCUUGUUCAAGGGGCUGCUGAUAAAGGCGCUGUAUGUUUGGACGGAACAUUACCUGGCUAUCACUUGCAUCGUGGGUUUGGGACAGGAGCGAACAGUUGGCUUAUCCAAUUAGAGGGUGGAGGCUGGUGCAACAACCUUCGAUCCUGUAUUUACCGCAAGACGACGCAUCGUGGGUCGUCAAAAUACUUUGAAAAAGUAAUUCCAUUCACAGGGAUACUUAGCAACAAGCCUGAAGAAAAUCCAGAUUUUUUCAACUGGAACAGAGUGAAGGUACGAUAUUGCGAUGGGGCUUCCUUUUCUGGGGACAGCGAGAAUAAGGCUGCAGGUUUGCAGUUUCGAGGACAAAAAAUAUGGCUAGCGGCAAUGGAGGAACUUAUGUCAAAAGGAAUGCGCAAUGCGGAUCAAGCACUUCUCUCUGGUUGCUCCGCUGGUGGUUUAGCUUCUGUAUUGCACUGUGACGAGUUUAGAACUUUAUUUCCCAUAAGUACCAAAGUGAAGUGCCUGGCUGAUGCGGGAUUAUUUAUGGAUGCUACUGAUGUAUCUGGUGGACAUACCCUCAGAAGUUUCUUUGCCGGUGUUGUUAGCUUACAGGAUGUUCAAAAGAACCUGCCAAGCGCUUGCACCGACCACCUCGAUCCAACUUCAUGUUUCUUCCCGCAGAACUUAAUCGCCAACAUCAAAACCCCUAUGUUUAUUCUUAACACGGCCUAUGAUUCAUGGCAGCUCCAAGAAAGCUUGGCUCCUCCGACUGCUGAUCCUCAGGGCAACUGGCGUGAUUGUAAAAUGAACAACGAGCGAUGUUCGGCAUCACAGAUCCAAUUUCUGCAAGGUUUCAGGACUCGUAUGCUGAAUGCAGUAAAAGGCUUUUCCACCUCAAGACAAAAUGGGUUGUUCAUAAAUUCUUGUUUCGCUCACUGCCAGUCUGAGAGGCAGGACACAUGGUUCGCUGACGAUUCUCCCAUUGUCAAUGACAAGCCUGUCGCAAUUGCCGUUGGAGAUUGGUACUUCGAUCGAGCAAGCGUCAAGGCCAUCGACUGCGCGUAUCCAUGCGAUAGGACGUGCCACAACCUGGUGUUCAAAUGAACCAGGAUAGUUUUGCACCUUCUGCUAUUCUUAGCCAAUUGAUUGAAUAUAUAUAUAUGUGAUUGUUGAUUCAGCUGCCAUUGAUGCUGUUGCUGCUACACAGAACACUUAAGGCAAUAAUACCUUAAUUGCCGUGAAAUUUGUCAGUCUUGAUGUACCUGUUACAAAAAACCCUUGCAAGAAAAUGCAAAAAUUUAGUCUGAUUUCAUUAUAAA